CACAGAGACGCUUUGAAGCUUUGGGCUAACCACGACGAACGCAAGUAAAACGGUUCCGGUGGACGCAUGUGGUAGGACAAUGGAUCAGGAAUUAUAUGAUGAGUUUGGUAAUUAUGUCGGUCCAGAACUGGACAGCGACGGCGAUGAUAAUGAGGACAGUGAUGAGGAGCGUGAUGAACCCUACGGUGAAUAUGGAGCUGAUGAGGACGAGGACAUGGAUGCUGAUGAUGCUGAUGAUGUAGCAGAGAUGCAGGUGGUACUCCAUGAAGACAAGAAGUACUACCCAACAGCAGAGGAGGUGUACGGUCCGGAAGUGGAGACAAUAGUUCAAGAAGAGGACACACAACCAUUGACAGAGCCAAUCAUAGCUCCUGUCAAGAAGAAAAAAUUCUCAAUGGUGGAACAAGAUUUACCAGAAACUGUUUAUAACAUGGAGUUUUUAGCUGACCUGAUGGACACGCCAGAUCUCAUCAGAAAUGUGACGCUGUGUGGACACUUACAUCAUGGCAAAACCUCCUUCGUGGACUGUUUAGUUUCACAGACCCAUCCAGAAAUUGAUGGCACAGAUGACAAAGAUAUCCGGUACACUGACACACUGUUUACAGAACAAGAGAGAGGAGUGAGUAUCAAAGCUUCACCCGUCACAUUGGUAUUACCAGACUCGAAGAAGAAGUCCUUUCUUGUCAAUGUUUUUGAUACACCAGGCCAUGUGAACUUUUCUGAUGAGGUGACGGCGGCCUUCAGGAUCAGUGAUGGUGUUGUGGUGUUUGUGGACGCUGCAGAAGGGGUGAUGUUGAACACUGAGCGACUCAUUAAACAUGCCAUACAAGAGAAGCUUCCUCUCACCAUCUGUAUCAACAAGGUCGACCGUCUCAUACUGGAGCUGAAGCUGCCUCCCACAGACGCCUACUUCAAGCUCCGACACAUCCUCGAGGAAGUCAAUGCUCUCAUCAGUGUCUAUGCAGAAGACGAAGAGAAUAAGAUAGUGUCUCCGUUACUUGGAAAUGUUUGCUUCGCAAGCUCCUACUACCGAUUCUGUUUCACUCUUGCCUCCUUUGCCAAGAUAUAUGGGGAGACCUAUGGGGGCAUCAACGAGAAGGAGUUUGCUCGACGGUUGUGGGGAGAUAUGUACUUCAACAGCAAAACGAGGAAAUUCACCAAGAAGCCGCCACACAGCACAUGUCAGAGAAGCUUUGUGGAGUUUGUCCUGGAACCAUUAUAUAAACUAUUCUCACAGGUUGUAGGGGAUGUUGAUGAGUGUUUACCCAGAUUGUGUGACGAACUAGGUAUCUCAUUGACGAAGGAAGAGAGAAAAUUGAAUAUCCGACCCUUGUUACGUAUUGUGUGUCGAAGAUUCUUCGGAGAUUUUACAGGUUUUGUUGACAUGUGUGUUGAACAUCUGCCCAGUCCAGCUGACAACGCUAAGAACAAGAUAGAACAUGUUUACACAGGAUCUAGUGACUCGGAUCUGGCAGAGGUCAUGUGUACAUGUGACCCUGAUAGCCCACUGAUGGUGCACACAACCAAACUGUUUCCUACUCAGGAUGCCACAAGUUUCCACGUGUAUGGACGUGUAAUCAGUGGCACACUGUAUGCUAACCAGGAGGUAAAGAUUCUCGGCGAGAACUACUCACUCCAGGACGAGGAAGACUCACGGUUUGGUCAGGUUGGCAGGCUGUGGAUUUCCGAAGCCAGGUACAAAGUAGAGGUAAACCGAGUGCCUGCUGGGAACUGGGUGAUGAUAGAGGGGAUAGAUCAACCCAUAGUGAAGACUGCCACUAUAACAGAUGUAUCUGGUCAUAACGAGGUUCACAUUUUCCGGCCUUUAAAGUUUAACACAAACUCAGUGAUGAAGAUCGCAGUAGAACCGGUAAACCCGUCAGAACUACCCAAAAUGUUGGAUGGAUUACGAAAGGUCAACAAGAGUUAUCCUCUUUUGAAUACUAAGGUUGAGGAAUCUGGUGAACACAUCAUCCUCGGUACAGGUGAACUUUACCUGGACUGUGUGAUGCAUGAUCUCAGGAAAAUGUACUCCGAAAUCGACAUCAAAGUGGCUGACCCAGUUGUGUCGUUCUGUGAGACCGUAGUGGAAACGUCUUCACUAAAAUGUUUUGCUGAAACUCCAAACAAAAGGUAA